CAGAAUUAACCAAUCACUAUUGGGACUUAAUUGAUAGUUAAAAUUAAACGGAUGUGUGGAACAUGGCCUGAAUCGCUAUGAAAGUAGUAUUCGGUUAAUUUGUUCUCAAGUUAGUCUUGACUUAAUUUGUCGAAAAUUAGUUAACAAUAUGUCGAACAAGCUUGAGCUUGGUAAGAAACUGUACUUUGUACAAAAAUCAAGGUGGACGAGAGGAAUUGGUGCCUUGUUGCCAGAGGCAUAUAAAAAAUUUUGUAGAGAACGGGGUGCACCACCAUCUGCAGUUCAUUAUAUUGAACAAAAAGGCAAAUAUGUAAGAAAUGAGAAAACUGGAGAAGUAUUUCCAGUGCAAAAUGUACCACUAUCUCUAUUAUACCCUAAGGAAAUGCAUGAAGGUUUAUGGGGAGGUGAAGCUGUUGUACAAGGCUUUAAGAAGAAGGGAAAAUUUAAAAGAAGAGUUGCACAUUUUUGGUUGCCUUCUCUGAAGAGAUCAGUUGUUUAUAGUGAAGUUCUCGACUCAUAUAUUAAAGUUGUGAUUACUUAUAGAUUAAUAAAAUUGAUUCAUGAAAACUAUGGAUUCGAUCAUUAUUUAUUAAAGACACCAGCCAACGACAUAAAAUCUCUACUUGGAAUAAAAUUGAAACGUGAGAUACUUAUAGCAUUGGCAGAUAAGACUCUUUAUCCUGAUGAUCCUGAGAAACGUGAUGAGGUGUAUGCUAAGUACGAGCAAUAUCUGUCAGCUUACACAAGGGAAGAAAUAGAAUGGUAUGGCUUGACAUUCAAAGAAGCAUGUCUAAAAUGGACUGCUCUUACAAAGAAGGAGCCGCAACCUCUAAAGAUUCAAUAUAGGUCAGAAUUAAUUGCCAAACUCAAAGAAAAUAAGAUUAAAGAAGCUGAGGAUGUGGAUGUGAUAUCAGGGAAAACAGAUCCUUUCUGGCUAUCAAAAUUAAAUCCUUUUUCCAAAAGUCCCAAGCGCGGUUAAAUAAUUUUGAUUAUAGAGCAUAAGUCAAGCAAUAUUCAGCAUUAUUAUAUAGAAUAAUGUUCAAUAUAAUAAUGUUAAGCAUUAUUAAAAUUUUCUGCAAACAUCUUAGGUAUCAUGUGAAUGUAUUUAAUGAUUAUAAAGCCUGAUCUACAAUAUACUCUUUGCGUUUUGUUUCUUAUCUUCUGUUUUUUUCUGGCUUAAAGCUUAGGAUUGAGUCCGAAAGAGAUAAAGAGAAAGCAGGAAACAAAGAGAAUAUUGUAUCAGUCUUAAUGUGUACAGGAGAUAGGACAUGUUUUUCUAUGAAUAUAUUAAUGAAGAAUA